AUGAAUUUGCUUAAUGGCAUUAUCAAGAAGGAAAUGGAUGUUACUGCAUAUUUCACGCUGAGUCAUGGAGCCACACCCCAUGGCCUAUAUAAAGGACCCGCUUUCUGGCAUUCUUUGAGUCAGGCAAAGUCUAAACAUAUCUUGCUGAAGUCAUUUUCUGGUCUCCUGCCUGCCCUGAGGACUUUGCUAGGACUUUGGCAGAGCUGCAGAGGCACGCCUGAUUCGGAUUUCCCUGACCCGGCCAUCAGCGGAGGAGUGGGACACGACAUACGUAUCACUUUCUACGAAGGCAAGAAUUUCCAAGGCUGCCGCUAUGAGUCUGAUAGGGAUUGUUUGGAUUUCCACACUGACCUGAGUCGUUGCAAUUCCAUCCGUGUAGAAAAUGGUGUCUGGGUUGUUUAUGAGCAGCCAAAUUUUGCGGGAAACAUGUAUGUUUUAACCCAUGGAGAAUAUCCUGAAUAUCAUUGCUGGAUGGGCCUGAAUGAUCGAGUCAGCUCCUGCAAAUCCAUUCAGUUGACUGGUGGAGACAAAUAUCAGAUCCAGCUCUUUGAGAAGGGUGACUUUAGUGGUCAAAUGCAUGAAUCUGCAGAGGAUUGCCCUUCUGUGAUGGAGAAGUUUCACCUGCCAGAAAUUCAUUCCUGCAAAGUUCUGGAUGGGGCAUGGGUUUUCUAUGAACAUCCCAACUUCCGUGGCAAGCAGUAUUUCCUGGAGAGAGGAGAGUACAGUAAACCCAUGGAGUGGGGAGCUGCAACCCCACUGGUUCAGUCCUUCCGCCAUAUUGCAGAAUAAUAAAUUGCAUGGAGUCUGAAGCUGAUAUGAUAGAGACUUGAUGCCAUACUUGUGGGCUUCAUGCUGCCUGUCAUUAUUCGUGGUAUAUGUGUCCCUUUGAGUGAUCCUUUAAAGGAGAUGACUAAUCUCUGCACUGCUAUUUUGGAAAGAUAAUUAAAUUUAUUUAGCAUCAAAAUCAGAGUGAGACUGAUCCUUUUAACCCUGUCUCAUAUCUCCUUAGUUAUGGUUUAGA